UUUUUUCCUUAUCGCCUCUAUUUCUAUGGUAAACAUAAACUUUAACAAUAAAAAUUUAUUUUAUUACCUAUUUAAUUUUAAUGAUCUAUUAAUAAGGCCGGUUGUAAAGACAAAAUUUUAAAAAACCACUGUACCUCUGACUGUAGGAUUUCACUAACUUUCAAGUUUAAAAUAACAAAUUUUUUAACAAACUGUCACAAUCAAAGGUUUAGUAAAAUUUUAUAUUAUCUAUAUCGAAUUUCAAUCCUUAAAUUUUUUACGUUAUAUAGUAAUUAUAAAAAAAAAAAAAUUAUUAGAAAACCAUGAGAAGCAAAGCUGAAUUAUAUGUAGGAUCUAGUAUAGAUGAUUUGAUGAAGAUGUGUAAAUUACCAGACCAAAUGAAAAAAUUAAAUGCUAAACAACUAACAGAAAAAGCAAAUCUAAUGUAUAAUCAGGCAAUGUUUCUACAUAAAGAUAAGAAUGACGAAGAAACUGUUUAUAUUUAUUUAAUGAAAUAUUGUGAAAUAAUGCAACUGCUGAAAGAACAUAAAGAAUACAAAAAUGAUCCUAAAUUCCUUGAAAUGAUGUAUAAAUCAAAUUUAAAGAAAGCACUUAAAAUUUUGACACAUCUAAGAAGUAGUCUUGUAGACAGGUAUAAAGAGCUGGAAAAUGAUAAAAACAAAACAAUAGUUAAUGAAAAACAAAAAGUUAAUUUAGUUGAUGAAAAAAAUUCAAUUGAUUUGGAAAGCACUAUAAGCAAUAAACAGUUACUAUAUUUAUUAAGAAACACAGAUGCUAAGAAAAUUUUGCUCCUUGACACAAGACCUCCAGAAGUAUUUCUACAAAAUCAAAUCACUUUAUGUGACAUUAUAAAUGUUCCAAAAGAUGUUUUAACUCCAGACUUAACAGCUGAUUCUUUAAAAAAUAAACUAUUGGAUAUUUAUAAACAGAAAUGGAAUAAUAGACAUCAAUACAAUUAUGUUGUUAUUCUUGACCAAGGCACUGAAGAUAUAGAAAAUGACCAUAGAUUAAUCAAUCUUAGAUCUGCAUUACUUAAAUGGGAUCCAAGUAGAGACAAUAGCAAAAAAUUAAAAUUUCUAAAAGGUGGCUAUGAAGAUUUUAUUCAUUUAUGUCCUUGGGAAACUACUCAAAAAAUAACUGAACUUAAUAACUUAGAAACAAUAUCUGAUACUGAAGAAGAUUCUGUUUUUUACAAUAACUCAAGUGAAAAUCAAUAUGUUUCUUAUCCUUCAUUAGACAACAUUAAGCAAAAUUUAACCAAACUUUAUAUAAAUUCAGUAGAUGAAUCAGUAGAUCAAAUCAAUUCCCCUAUGGAAUUCAUAGAUAGUUAUAAUAGUGAAGAUGAAAAUGAACCAAUAGGGCAACCUUCAUUUGAUAGAUCUACUAAACCAAUGAAUAAACAUAACCAAUUUGUUACUCCUGAAAUAAAACCUCUAUACCAUACACAUGAAGAAAACAAUCAAUUACCAAAUAACACAGAUUAUACUGAAAACAGAAAUUUAUCCGUUGAUUUAAGUGAUUCAGAAAAUGAAGAUUAUCAUGUAAAAGAAUUGAUGCAUUUAAAAAUUCCUAGAAUUGAUCGUUCAACAAAACCAUUAGAUGAAUUACAAAUAAUUUCUAAUACAAAAAUUAUUGGUGGUGAUGGCUUACGAGGAUUACAAAAUCUAGGAAAUACAUGCUAUAUGAAUUGUAUAUUACAAUGUUUAAGUAACACUGAAGAUUUAACAAAAUACUUUAUUAACAUUUAUAACAAUGUUGUAAAUUUAAAAAGUAGAACUAAAGGUUUAGUUGCUAAAGAGUUUAAAAAUGUUAUUUUUAAUUUAUGGUCACAAUCUAGUAGAAGUUUUCAAUGUCAAUUAUUUAAGGAUACAAUUGGUCAAUUCAAAGAUAUGUUUAAACAUUAUGAUCAACAAGACUCUCAUGAAUUUCUUACGAUUUUAUUGGAUUGGCUUCAUGAUGAUCUAAAUCAGCCAGAAAAUAAUAGAAUAAUUAUUGGUGCUUCUAAAGAAACUGGCGAGGAAGAUUGGGGACAUUGGACUAAAGAUAACAACUCUAUAAUUCAACAAUUAUUUUAUGGUCAGCAAAAGUCAUCUGUUUCCUGCAACAUAUGUUCUGAAAAAUCAAUUACUUUUGAACCAUUUUCAAGUUUAAGUUUACCUCUACCGUCUGAGGGUAAUAGGUGUACACUAUCAGACUGCUUAAAGUUAUACUUAAAUGGUGAAUCAAUUAGUGGAUGGAAUUGUCCUAAGUGUAAACGCAAUAGAGAUGCUACAAAAAAGUUAGACAUAAUGAGACUACCGCCCUAUUUGAUAAUUCACUUAAAAAGAUUUUCAAGUAGUGGAUAUAAAAAAAAUUCAUUUGUUCAAUUUCCAAAUAUUGAUUUGGAUAUGACAGACUUUAUAAAUGGUCUAGAACAUCGUAAUAGGAAAUAUUAUUUAUAUGGUGUAUCUAAUCAUUCAGGCUCAUUAGAUGGUGGUCAUUAUACAGCUUAUUGUCUCAAGAAACAGAUGAACAAAUGGUAUAAGUUUGAUGAUGUUCGUGUUUAUGAAAUUGAUUCAAAUAUGGUUUGUUCUUCAGAAUCUUAUAUAUUAUUUUAUUGUCGAAAAAAUAUUUAAGUUAAUGUUUAGCAUAAAUGUAAAUUUUUGUUGUUUUGUUGUAUACAUAAAAGUAUUUUGUUAAAGUUUAGCAUUCUAAAUGUUAUAUAUAUAUAAAUAU